AUGCAUGGGAAUGAUAAAGGUAUGCCCAGCAAUGGAAUUGAAAGAAAUGCUAUCAGUGAUGAAAAGGAAGUCACACCUGUGAUUUUAUCUGCAUCUGAUGAUUAUAAGAGUGAUGUUAUUGUUCCCUUCUAUAAAGAGAAAGAUAAUGAAAGUAGGUUAACAACUAUUAAGGGAAUUUGUUUAUUAAGUUUGCCUGGGAAAGCAUUUGACAGAAUUGUAGUGGAAAUCAUUAUCUGGAGAGGACCAAAUGUGAACUGUGUUGACAGUACUGGAUACACUCCGUUGCAUCAUGCUGCUUUGAAUGGGCACAAGGAUGUUGUGGAAGUUCUGUUGAGAAAUGAUGCAUUAACGAAUGUGGCUGACUGCAAAGGCUGUUAUCCUCUCCAUUUGGCAGCUUGGAAGGGAGAUGCUGAAAUAGUGAAACUGCUAAUACACCAGGGACCCUCCCACACUAAAGUAAAUGAGCAGAAUGCUCUUGAGAUCAAAGAACUCAAAAAGUACGGCCCCUUUGACCCCUAUAUCAAUGCCAAGAAUAACGACAAUGAGACAGCAUUGCACUGUGCAGCUCAGUAUGGCCAUACAGAAGUGGUGAAGGUUCUUCUGGAGGAGUUGACUGAUCCUACUAUGCGCAAUAACAAGUUUGAGACUCCUCUUGAUUUAGCUGCUCUCUAUGGGAGACUAGAGGUUGUGAAGAUGUUACUUAAUGCUCAUCCUAAUCUAUUAAGUUGCAAUACUAAGAAACACACUCCCUUACAUCUGGCAGCUAGAAAUGGCCAUAAAGCUGUAGUUCAUGUACUUCUGGAGGCUGGCAUGGAUAACAACUACCAGACAGAAAAAGGUAGUGCUUUGCAUGAAGCUGCUUUGUUUGGCAAAACAGAUGUGGUACAGAUAUUGCUAGCUGCAGGCAUUGAUGUGAAUAUAAAGGAUAACAGAGGCUUGACCGCUUUGGAGAUUGUCAGAGAACUUCCUUCUCAAAAAAGCCAACAAAUAGCAGCUUUCAUUGAAGACUGUACAAGAAAGAAUCUUAUAACAGCAGAAGAAAAGACAUCGCCGCCUUUAACUGCUUCUAUUGAAACUUCAGUUCGGAUACCUCAAGGGAAUGUGGAGAAAGCAGUGACAGACCUGAUAACAGAUGUUGAUGGCAAGCCAGAAGAGUGUCCAUAUGAAGUACUAUACAAUGCAACCUCCUGUCAUUCUUUGGACAGCCUAGCCAGUGGAAGAUCCUCAGACAGAGAUUCAGUGAACAGGGAAGCCGAGAUGACUGGUAUUAAAGUGACAGGAGUGAGGCCUAGAGAGCGUCCACCACCUCCUGCAAAACCUCCCCCUGAUGAUGAAGAGGAACUUGAAGAUAAAAAACAUGAUGCAUCCUCAGUGGGUUUCAUCACCAAAAGAAAAAGUAGAGGGAGCACAGCUGAUGAAGAAGAAGAACAUCCUUAUGAACUCUUGCUAACAGCAGAAACAAAGAAAUAUGUUACAGUAGAUAAAAAAACAAAAGGUGAAUCACCUUUAGGUGCUGCCUGCAGUGUCCAGCCCCAGGUAUGGUCACGAAAAGGUCUAUCUUCUCAGGAUGGUCAGUGGCCACUAAAUUGCCAGGCUUCUUCCGAUUUUUCUUCUAGCCAUUCUGAACAAUAUUCAAGUCCUGAAUCUCAGUUGGUUGAUAUGCCAAAAGGUUCUGAUUUUUGA